AUGUACGCCUUCUACUCCCUCUUAGUCUACAUCUUCUACACUGUCUUUAAGAAGGAGGAGGACGAUGACUCCUUGGAGGGGGCGUGUGGAGCUUCCUCACACGAGCCAGGACCUGUUUCCAUGGCAACAGGGAGAAGGAGGAGAGAUGGCCACACCCCCAAAAUAAGGAAAAAAGCUUGUGCUCGCUUUAGUGAAUCAAGCAGCAGCAGUGACAGUGAUGAACUGUCCCCAAAUGAAGAAGAUGAAGCAGUUGGCCCUGACCCUCCAGCAUGCACUCCUCUGGCUGCCUUCUUGUCCUUCAAGCAGGAGGCUGAGAAGAGACGGGUCUCACAGGUUCACCUGGAAACAACAGGAAAGUUGGCGGAGUCUCCUCUGGUGGCGGUGAUGUCCCACUUGCUGACUUUUCUGGAGCAGUACUCCCACUUCCAGCAGCUGCAGCAGCAGGCCGACCAGUACCGCGUUCAGCUGAAGAGACACCGGGUCCAGCACCGCCGGCAGAUGAAGGCCCUGCGAGCCUCCUACCGCCAGCGCCUCAGGGACAAGAGCAGCAUCAUCAGCGGCCUGGAGGACGCCAUCAGCCAGCAGCAGUCCCCCAGCCCACUGAGCGAGGGUGAGUCGAGCCCGGAUGCAGGGACACAAGCCGGAGUUCACCGGCUGGUGGAGUCUCUGUACGGCCUGCAGGGUGAGAGGAGUCAGCUGAGAGGUGAACUCCGUCUGCUGCACUCGCAGCUGGAGCAGAAGGACCGGGACCGACACUCUCGUGUCACGGCCUUUCAGCAGCAGAUAGAUGAGCUGAAGAGUUGCAUAGAGGAGCGUGAGGAGGAGAUGUCAAGACUGAGAACAGCUACCGGGGCCACAGACUCAGAGAAGCGAGUGCUGUGUCUGUCGGCUGAGAACGAGAGCCUGAAACAAAACCUGAGCGUCACUCAAGGCCUCCUGCAGCAGCUGUCGGCCAUCCCGUCCCAGUCCAGCACCAUGCUCGUCAAGGAGAACGAGAACCUCCGCAGCCGAGUGCAGCAGCUGGAGAUCUCCCUGCAGCAGCGUGCCGAGCAGCUGUCACACCUGGAGCGAAAGAGCGAGCAGAGCGAGUGGAGGAGAGGAGAGGAGCUGAGAAAACGAGAGGACAGAGUGAGGGAGCUGCAGCUGGAGUUGGACAGAGAGAGAGGCAAGGAGCCAGCGGUGAAGUAUGUCACCCAGACGGUGGAGGUGGAAUCUCCUGCCACACUGAAGCAGCUGAGUAAAUCCAGACAGAGAAACGAGCUGCUGUCGGAAAAGCUGUCGAGUCAGAAUGAGCGGUGCAAACAGCUGGAGGACCAGAUCAGGAAAUCUGACGAAUACAGCUGUAAUCUGCAGCACAAGAUUGCAGCGUAUGAGCGUGAAAUCAGUAAACUGAGAGAGGAGCUGCUGAAGGAGAUCGGCCACUUGGAGGAGAAAAAGGAGGAAGCUGUGAAGGCUGCUGCCCACUGCUCAGCAGAACACUUUCAGAACCUGCAGGACCAAUUCUUCAGCUUGCAGAAGCGUCUGACUUCCCUCCCACCGACUUUACGCUCCAUGAAGACCGACUACGCCAGUCUGAGGAGCCAAGUUCGUAACUUCUCCGAUUUUUAUGGAUCAGCUAUAAAUGAUGCAAAAAAACAGAUUUCGGCAGCCCUCCAUGAGAUGUCCGAAGCCAACCAAGACCUUCUGGAGAAGUACAGAAAGGAAGUGGCGCUGCGCAGGAAGUACCACGAGCAGCUGGUGGAGCUUAAAGGCAACAUCCGCGUGCUGUGUCGAGUGAAGCCUGUGCUGAAGGAGGACCAGCACGAGGAGGGCCAGUCCACGGUGGUGACGACCGACCCUCACAACGAGUCCUCCCUCACCGUGCUGAACAAAGGGAAGGGUCGCAUCUUUGAACUGGACAAGGUCUUCCACCCUCAGGCCACACAGGAAGAGGUCUUUCAGGAAAUCGAACCUCUGGUGACGUCCUGCAUCGAUGGGUACCAAGUUUGUAUAUUUGCGUACGGACAGACCGGCUCUGGAAAAACCCAUACCAUGGAGGGCAGUGUGGAGAACCCAGGCAUCAACCAGCGAGCCCUGAAACAUCUCUUCAGUGAGAUCGAGGAGCGGAAGGACAUGUGGUCUUACGACGUCACUGUCAGCUCUGUGGAGAUCUACAACGAGGUGCUAAGAGACCUGCUGAGUAAGGACGGAGAGAAACUGGACAUUAAGAUCAACCCGGACGGAACAGGACAGCUGCAUGUGCCGGGCCUCAGGGUCAUAGAAGUGAAGAGCUUUCAGCACAUUAAGAAGAUUUUAGCCACAGCCAGAAGGAACAGGAUCACCUUUGGCACGCAGAUGAACCAGCACAGCUCACGCUCCCAUGCUUUGCUCUCUAUCACGGUUCAGGGCACUGACCUCGCCACGGGGUCCAAAAGCACCGGUAAGUUGAACCUGGUUGACCUGGCUGGCUCGGAGCGGGUGUGGAAGUCUGGUGCGGAGGGAGACAGGCUGAAGGAGGCUCAGAACAUCAACCGCUCUCUGCUGUCGCUGGGGGAUGUAAUUCAGGCUCUGAGGGCUCGGCAGACUCACAUCCCCUUCAGGAACUCCCGCCUUACGUAUUUAUUACAAGACUCCCUGGGUAAAGGCAGCAAGACCGUCAUGGUGGUGCAGGUGUCCGCUCUGGAGAGUAAUGUGGGAGAGACCCUGUGCUCACUGAAGUUUGCCCAGAGGGUCUGCAAGGUGGAGCUGGGCCCUGCAGCCAGGAAGAUUGAAUCUAGUGGAGGUCACUGUGACUGACAGCAGAGAAACACCAGGGAGCCACGAACGCAUCAAUCAGAUUACCCCCCUUCCUUCGGAUGAUUCAUAAAGCUACAGUUUCUACAAGACCAACAGCAACGCUGCUCAAGGGCUAAAUCUGUGGGAGGUCUGCGAUGCACCAAACACCAACCUGCGACUGAGGAUAGGUAUUGAGGGUAUUGGCCUCCUCUUUCCCUGCUCCUGACACAAUAUAACCCUUUAUCUUUAGAUAAUCUGCAUGCAGUGCCAAAACAACCUCAGAUUCCCCAGCUUCUUCAAGAUAUGAUGCUUCCUUGAACUACAGUGUCUCUGUUCCUUUGUAUUUAAUACCAAAAUCCAGGAAAUAACCAUAUCCUCAAUGACCAUGUGUUCAGAGCAGCAUCAUGACCAAACAGGUUUAGUAGGCUUCCAGUGCCAAGAUACCAGCACAUCAGUUUGUUUUUGUUGUAUUAAUCAUCUCGCUGUAAAUGUCUGUAGUUUGUGAGCUACAUCCAGCGUUGUAUAUUUUGGAAAGGUUGUAGUUAUGUAGGAGAAUUUGUUCUUGUAGCAAAGGUACGAGCUAUUAAUCAUUUCAGUGACACUUAAAUCACGUAUUUGUGUAGUUGUUCUGUGAACUUCAGAGAAGCAGUGGGUGGAUUCUGUUUUCUCUUUAGAGCCUUGAUCAUUUGCCUUUUAGGAAAAGAGGAAAGCCACUGAAGGAGACGGGCGGCCUUGAACCAGAGUGAUAAUAUAAUGACCUGUGCAAUAUCCUCUUCAUUUAGGAGGCUGUUUGGGCCUAUGUGGACAGAAGAUGCACUUUAUUGUGAAAGGAGUGGUUCAGUUCAGACCAGGUAUAUUACAGGUGCUUGCAGUAGAUCUCACUAGUGAAUGUCAUAUCAGAAAAAGCCUAUUAUCUGUUAUCAUCGUUCCUCUGUCACCCAUUGGAUCAAAACUAGAUUGAUUCAAGUGUAGCAAGACAUUAAUGUUGCUGUAACUACCAUAGAGGUCACAACAUAAUUAGAGAGUACAUUUUCAGA